UUCUCCAGAUUGUUAAUUGACUCGUUCUUCUAUUCUCCCCUCGUAAAGACUAAAGAGGCAGACUCCCGAUCUCGUUCCUUUCUUUCGAGACCUUGGCUUCUCUCUCGCUUUGGGGAUCUUUCAAUGGAGGAGUUUGAGUUGAAAACAGCACCAGCUGAUUUUCGGUUUCCCACUACAAAUCAAACCAGGCACUGUUUCACCCGCUAUAUUGAGUUUCACAAGUGUGUGGCUGCUAAAGGUGAAGACUCUGGCGAUUGCCAAAAGUUUGCCAAAUAUUAUCGAUCUCUCUGUCCAACAGAAUGGAUUGAGAAAUGGAACGAGCAAAGAGAUAAUGGCACAUUUCCAGGUCCUCUCUAAUCGGCACAAGCACGACAAAACUCAAUUGCUGUUUUCCUUUGAAGGAAUUGAAAUGAUGUUCUGAAUUUAGUAAUUUCCCAUCUGAUUUUAAUUAUUGGUGAUCGAUGCAAAAUCAUAUCUAUCUUGAUGCUCUUAGUUCUUUGUACUAUUAAUAAGUGGAUGAACAGAAAUCCAACCAACUGGAUCUCUUUAUGAUUGUGUGCCCCUUCAGAUUAAUGAGUAUCAAUUGCCUUUUCUAGUA